AUGGCGCAGCAGAGACUAACCAGCCAGGUGCUGUACGCCACCUUUGUCGCAUGUCUCGGCUCCAUGCAAUACGGCUACCACAUCGCCGAACUAAACGCCCCCCAGCAGGUGAUGUCCUGUUCGGAGUUCCGAAUCCCGCAGGAGGAUCUCCCAUACGACAAGACUUGGCUUGGAAGACACAAUCUGGUUCAAUGCGUUCCUCUGGAUGACGAACAGUUUGGCGUCGUCACCGCUAUGUUCUCCGUCGGCGGCAUCGCCGGCUCCUACUACGCCGGCGGUCUAGCAGACCGCUUUGGCCGCCGCACCGUCGCAUUCUACACGAGCCUCAUUGGGCUCCUCGGCUCGCUACUACUCUUUGCCAGCAACAGCUACCGCGCGCUUAUCACCGGCCGCAUAAUCGUCGGCGUGGCCAGCGGCGCCUCGAUCGUCGUUACCCCGCUGCUAAUCAACGAGAUAGCGCCUGCCGCCUGGCGCGGCGCGCUCGGAUCGCUGAACCAGCUCUUCAUCAACCUCGGCAUCCUGCUCACCCAGGCACUCGCCCUCCGAUUCGCCAACUCUUACCGCUGGAGAUGGCUUCUCUUCACCGGCGCCGUGGUCGCAGCCGCCAACUUCCUGCUGCUGUUCCGCAUCUCGGAGUCCCCAAAAUGGCUCACGCUGCAGGGCCGCACCGCGGACGCCGAGUCCGCGCUCCGCCGCCUGCGCGGCGGGGCUUCCUAUCCGGAAACGCACCAGGAGGUGCAAGAGUGGCAGCGCGAGCUGCCAGACCCGGAAGCGCACCAGCACCAGCAGCAGCGUGGACCCACGCUGUGGCAGUACGUACGGGACCCUGUAUACCGCAAGCCGCGCAAUGUGAUCAUCGCCACGCUCACGGGCCAGCAGUUCUGCGGGAUCAACUCAAUUGUCUUCUACGGCGUCAAGGUGAUCGGACAACUACUUCCGGAACACGCCAUCCAGGUGAACUUCGCGGUGUCCAUCCUGAAUGUGCUUAUGACGCUGGUCGCCUCACUCGUGAUCGACCGGUUCGGUCCCAAGCGACUGCUGCAAUGGUCGACCGGAGUGAUGAGCGCCAUGUCGCUCUGUAUCAGCAUAGGGAUCACUUCGCGCCGGGCCGCGCUGCUAGUAGUCGCCACGCUUGUGUACAUCGGGGCGUUUGCCCUGGGGCUCGGACCGGUGCCAUUCUUGUUAAUCGGACAGAUCAGUGCACCACAGGACGCCGCGACCGCGCAGAGUUUCGGCACCAUAUGCAACUGGCUGGCGACCGCUUUCGUCGCUUACGGCUUCCCGAUCGCAAACGGGAUGCUCGGCGGCUACGUGUAUCUGGUGUUUGCCGCCGUGGCGCUCGCGUUCGCGGUGUACGCGCAAAGGCGCAUCCCGGACACCCGGCGGGCCGGCUACGAGCAAAUGUGGGCCGAGUACUGA